AUGAAACAUAGCAAAAAUCAAAUAGUUUAUAUAACAUUUUUUAUUAUAAUACUUAUUGUUGUUAAACCAAUAGAAUCAGUAGAAUGGAAUGAUUGUAGUGAUCCAAAUGAUUCAUUUAAAAUUGAAAAAUUAGAAUUUUCACCAGAACAACCAAUUGCAGGACAGGAUUUAAUAAUUUCAAUAUCAGGAUAUUUAAAUAAAGAAAUUACAAAUGGCGAAGCAUAUUUAUCAAUUACAUUUGAUAGAAUACCAAUUAUAAAAUUAAAAGGUAAUUUAUGUAAUGGUAUGGGUGUUACUUGUCCAAUUCAACAAGGUAAUUAUUCAACAACAACUAUUAAUCAAGAAAUACCUGAAAAUGCUCCACAAGGUUAUUACUAUGUUAAUUUUGUAUUAUAUGAUCAAGAUGAUUUGCAAAUCACUUGUAUUGAUGUCCAAAUGAAUAUUACACAAUCAUAA